AUGGCACUAACCCAGAUCGUGAAUCCAAUCAUAUAUCCAUCUCCCGCAAUUUCACGGCGUUUCAUUACGAUCUCGCCUUUUAAACCCCUAAACCCCCAAUUUUCCCGCCACUCACCUCAAGCACUCUCUCGUAGACUCUUCCUUCCUUCUGUUUCCUCGAUUUGGGAUGCCAUUACAGGAGGUGGAGACUCCAACCCUCGUGAGGCCAUCGCGGCGAUUCGAAAAGGAAUGCAGCUCUUCAGACAGGGUGAUGUUUCUGGAUCGGUGACAGAGUUUGAUCGAGCUAUUGUAUUGGAUUCUCGGCAAAAGGCAUAUCUUUGGCAACGAGGGCUUUCUCUUUACUAUUUGGAUAAGUUUGAAGAAGGUGCAGAGCAGUUCCGGAUAGAUGUUGCUCAGAACCCAAAUGACACAGAGGAGUCGAUUUGGUGCUUUCUCUGUGAGGCUCGGCUCCAUGGUAUUGAUGCUGCACGAAAACAGUUUGUCGAGGUUGGUAGAGAUUCUCGGCCUGUGAUGCGGGAAGCUUAUAAUCUAUUCAAGAACGGUGGAGAUCCUGACAAGUUAGUAAAUGACUUCUCGAGCGGUCAAGCAAGGGAAUACUUCUACGCUUCGCUGUACGCAGGACUCUACUAUGAAGCUGAGGGUAAAUCAGAAAAGGCAAAGUUUCAUAUAACCGCGGCUUGUGAAUCUCCAUAUGGAGAGAGGUCUGAUGAUUAUAUGGCUUCACUUGCUAAAGUUCACUGCCUCUGUAGAAACUGGAGCUCCGGCUUUGUUUGA